AAAAAUAUUAAAACAUCAACUGAUCAACAUGCAAAAGUUUCUUCCCGUUCUCCUCGUUCUCCUUUUGGCUACAGAAUUUAUCUUAGUCUCCACUCGCGGCACAAAGACCAAGAAACCAAAACAUGAAACAACAACUCCAGCUAUUAAUGCUACAACAGAAGAAAUAGAGAACGACCCAGCUCCAAAAAAAUGUAACAAGUGUCACAACUAUUGUGAAUGCGGAUAUUAUCAAUGCAAAGGUUGCUGGUGCAAUGAAUGCGAUAGUUGGUAA